AUGUCUUCAGGAACGAGCGGGACUGGUCAAAAGAUAGGCAUGAGUAACUUGAAGGCCGAAUUGCUCAAUGAGCAAAAGCAAGAAAUCAGAGAGGCGUUCUCGCUCUUCGAUAUGAACAACGACGGGUUACUAGAUUACCACGAAUUGAAAGUCGCUCUUCGGGCACUUGGCUUUGAUUUGCCCAAAAGAGAGGUCUUGGAUAUCAUUCGUGAAUACGAUACCGAAGACAGAAAUUUGAUCUCGUACGAAAACUUUUUUCAUGCUGUGGGUGAACGAAUUGUCAACAGGGACCCCAUGGAGGAGAUAAAAAGAGCUUUCAAGCUCUUUGAUGAAGAUAAUACGGGGAAAAUUAGCUUUAGAAAUUUGAAGAAGGUGGCCCGUGAACUAGGUGAGAAUCUUACGGAUGAAGAGCUUAGAGCGAUGAUCGACGAAUUCGACCUUGAUGAAGAUGGAGAGAUCAAUGAACAAGAGUUCAUCAGCAUUUGCACGGAGUAG